GAAUUGCUAAUUUGACUUGAACAAAUCCAUCCCUCUUCAAAUUUUCAAAACCAAUAAUUAUAAAUACCAGAAAAAUGUGAUACACAAACAAACCUCUUUACCGAGAGAUUAUUUCUGCAUGCAACAAUUGCCAAAAGUCCUCUGACCCUCUUUUGUAGGCUAACUGAAGAUAUCUGCAAAAAGCAUAAGCAUGGGAAAGAAACUCAUUGCUCUGUUCAGCAGAAGCUCUAAAAGUGCAAAAAAAUUGAACAUGCUUGCCAGUCUUGCUAUCUCCAGGAUUGCCAUUAUCAAAAACCUUCACACUGUGAAGUGCUCCCAAGCGGAGUCUGAUGUGAUUCAGCUACUGAAGCUAGGUCACCAAAAUCAGGCCAUUAUCCGUGUUGAGCAAGUCAUGGAGGAGCAAAAUACAUUAGAUGCAUAUGUAUUGAUUGAGAACUACUGCUAUCUCUUGGUGGAGAGGGCUGAGAUGGUCAAAAAUAGCAGGGAAUGUCCUGCUGAGCUCAAAGAGACGGUCUCGGCCUUAAUCUUUGCAGCUUCGAGGUGUGGGAAUUUCCCAGAGCUGCAGGAGAUUCGUGUUUUAUUCACAUCCAAGUUUGGGAAAGAGUUCGCCAAAAGCUCGGUGGAAUUAGAAAAUAACUGCACGAUGAUACAGAGAUUUUCAACACGGCAACUGAGCUUGGAAAGCAUACAAAAUUUAUUAAAGCAAAUCGCUAAACAUAAUGGAAUCACUCUUCAACUGGACCAUGACGAAGCCUUUGAUAUCUCAAAUACGCCCAAGAAGGUUGAGUCCCACCAUCAACAUACCCCACACAAUACGAGUCUGAAACUCAGAGGAACUUUGGCUUCUUCAAAGUUGAAACUGGGACUAAAACCGGCAUUUUCAGUAGAAACUCGCUAUUCUGAAUUCAUAAUGCUGUAC